CCUUCUUGGUUCAGCCUCGCAGUGAUUUUUCAACAAGCAUGGCGGCUAUAGGAGUACAUUUCGGAUACACAUGUGCCUGUGUAGCUAUUUUUAAGGAUGGCCGAGCGGAGGUGGUCGCCAAUGACGCCGGGGACCGAGUCACUCCUGCGGUGGUGGCUUACCGAGACACCGAACAGAUAGUAGGGAUUGCGGCUAAGCAGGGUCGUGUCCGAAACGCAGCCAACACUGUGGUUAAAGUCAAACAGGUGCUGGGGAGGAGCUUUGAGGAUCCUGAGGUGCAGACGCAUAAAGCUGAGAGUAAAUGUCCUUUGGUCAACAAGGGAGAGAAGCCGAUGUAUGAGAUGACUGGAGAGACGACCAGACAUGUGGCUCCACAAGAUGUCGCCAAACUCAUCCUACACAAGAUGAAAGAGACGGCCCAGUCGGCCUUGGGCGCUGAUGUCACAGAGGCUGUCAUCACUGUCCCCUUUGAGUUCGCACAUGCUCAGAAGGCGGCGUUGAGGGCGGCAGCGGAGGCGGCAGGGUUCCGUGUGUUGAGGCUGAUCCACGAGCCGGCUGCUGCUCUACUGGCGUACGGCAUCGGACAGGACUGCCCCUCUGGGAAGAGGUACGCUAUGAACUACAGGUCCACCCCAUUUUAUUGGAGGAACCAAAAAGACCAUACCGAAUUAAUCGGCCGUUUUUUUAUUUUUAUUUUUUAUGUAUGUUUGUAAUAAUGACAAUUACAACAAUACUGAAUG